AUGGAGCAACUGCAGGAUCCAGUUAUGCAAGAAGAUGCAAAUAUUAAAGCUAUUAAGGAAGAGUACAGGAAAGCCUUUAUUUUUAUCAAUAAAGGACUGAAUACAGAUGAACUGGGUCAGAAGGAAAAGGCAAGAAGUUAUUAUAGGCAAGGGCUUGACCACUUGCUCCGAGGAGUUAACAUUCCAUUGCAGGGCCCUGCAUGUGUAGGGUCCCAGUGGGAGUCUGCCAGGCAAAUGCAACAGAAGAUGAGGGAGACGCUCCAAAAUGUUCGCGCUCGACUCAGCAUUCUACAACAAGAUACUCCACCUGUACAAGCAAGUCCUGCUCCAAUGGAUGCCGCUGCUGGGGUGCCCAAGUUGUACCCAUCCAUUCCUUCCAAAGAAAAGCCAGAAAGACCCCCGGCACCUAAUUCUCCGUUUGUACCAAGUCAGCCACCCACAGCAGAUGGAAGUGUUGCAACUGUGAGCCAGGGGCAGAUUCCAGCUAUGAGUCCAUCGUCUGCAAAACCUCUUUGUCUGCCAAGUGAAGCACCUCCUGCCUAUACUCCUCAAGCCACCAAUGGCCAUUUUACUGUGUCUUAUGGCACAGACUCUGGGGAGUUUUCUUCUGUAGGUGAAGACUACUACAGUAAGUGUACACAGCCACCUCCCCUUGAAAACCUGGGAGUGGAUGCAGACGAGCUGAUACUGAUUCCCCAAGGAGUACAGAUAUUCUUUGUGACUCCUGAUGGGCAGGUUAGUGCUCCUUCAUAUCCUGGAUAUCUACGCAUUGUGAAGUUCUUGGAUACAGAUAGUGAGACGGCCCAGAACUGUGCACCUGCAUUUCUUCAGGUUUGUGACUGGUUUUAUCCUCUAAUGCCUAACCAGUCUCCUGUUCUGUGCUGCAAUACUGGAGUCUACAUGUUCCCUGACACAACGUCUCAGAUACCAGGGUCCUAUGUGGGAGUAGUGUUGUCUUCAGAACUUCCAGCAGCUGACAGGGAGCUGUUUGAGGAUCUCUUAAAAGAGAUGGCUGACCUUCGAAUCCAGGUGCCAGGAUCCCAUGAGAGAGUAGGGUUAUCUUCAGAGCUCCCAGCAACUGAGAGAGCGCAUUUUGAAGAUAGAUUUAAACAGAUGUCUGGCCACAAAGUCCAGCCUGCAGAAGCCUCCAGUGAUGCAGUUAACUUGUCUCAGACUGUACGUAUCCAACCACAACCUGAAGGAGUGGACAAUCAUCAAGAGUUGCCAGAAUGGAGUGAGAAAGUUGCCCAUGGAAUCUUGUCAGGUGCAUCUUGGGUAAGCUGGGGCCUAAUAAAAGGAGCAGAAUAUACUGGCAAAGCUAUCCACAAAGGAGCUUCAAUGCUGCGAGAACACAUUCAGCCAGAAGAAAAACCUCUGGAAGUCAACCCAACUGUAGCAAAGGGGCUUCAUGUAGCAAAACAGGCUACUGGAGGAGCUGUGAAAGUCAGCCAAUUCUUAGUUGAGGGAGUGUGUUCUCUAGCAAGCUGCGUCGGAAGGGAGCUGGCUCCAUACGUGAAAAAGCAUGGCAGCAAAUUAGUUCCAGAAUCCCUUAAGAAAGAUAAAGAUGGCAGAUCUACUUUUGAUGGUGCCCUAGUGGUAGCAGCAAGUGGACUUCAAGGGUUUUCAACAGUGUGGCAGGGUUUAGAAAGUGCAGCGAAGUGCAUUGCUAAAAGUGUUUCAACUGAGACUGUAAAAACUGUGAAAUACAAGUAUGGAGAUGAUGCUGGCCAUGCUACGGACAACGCUAUGAAUUCUGCAAUCAAUCUUGGUGUGACAGCAUUUAACAUUGAGAGUAUUGGUAUCAAAGCUGUUGUAAAGAGAACUGCAAAGGAAACUGGCCAUGCUGUGUUAGAUGAAUAUAAAGUGUUGGAUAAUGAGAAGACGGAUAAAAAAUGAAAGCAAUUAAAUAUUUCUCAAAGCCUUACAUUAGAGAUGAAACUUCCUGUUUAGAAGUAACUACAUUGCUAAUCCAUGAUUUAACACAAAUCACACUGUACUUCUCAAGCAACUGUUAACUUGAUUUGACAUGGAAAUAUAAAGGUAGGGAGGGAAUUCAUAGAAGGAAGAGUGAAUGUUGUCUUAACUCCUUGUUCUGUAUUG